GAAACAGAUCCCAAACUUUUCUUAUCUCAAUGAACUGAAAAACAGUCAAACAUGUCAGAAAAGGGAUCACGAACGGCGACCCCUAACAAACCUGGAUCCAGGAAGGGGUCCAAAGUGAAUACGCCUAAGUCUGGAACCCCCAAGGGAUCCAAGAGCAACACCCCCUUGCCUACCGAAGUCGCACUAGUUACAACCGAAGAUGAAAAUGCAGCAACUUCUGAGGGUGCAUUACAGCCCAGAGAAGGGGAGCAGGGUGACGGGGAGGUGGCCGGUGUUGUUGCUGAUGUAGGGGACAGCGAAGUAGAGGAGGCAGCAGCUGGUGAUCAAGUUACAGUGUACUCAUUGAUAAAGGAACGGGUCACUGUACAGAACCUGAAGGAUGAUAUGUGGAAAGAUCAACACGAGGAAGCUGUGCAUAUUUUCAUUGACGACCCAUCAGUCAAACUGAUGGUGGCCUACGUCGACCCUUUCAAAGGCUUCACCAUUGAGCACACCAUCCCUACGUUUCUAGUAGAUCAGCUUACAUAUCUUAUCAAAUCUGCCAAAGCCAAGGAGCUGACUACAGACAACUUCCUGACUCUUGUUCAGUAUGGCACAGUCAAGGGUAUGCACAUCGAGAGUCUUCUGCGGAUGAUGAUGGGAAUUUACGCCCCAAUAUUUUUUGAGAACACAACAUGGCCUGACAGUAUAAAGAAUGAUUUUUCAGCUCAGUUGCACAAGUUUCUUGCUAACCUGACAGACACAAGGUGGAAGCUGGAGGGAAAGACUGUUCUGUAUGUCCCCACAGAAGGCCUCCGACUUCCCUCUGAGGAUGCUGCCAAAAACAAAGAGCUGGUCCAGAGAUUAGAGACUGCCAUGAUACACUGGGCGAGACAAAUCAAAGAAGUUCUAAAUAACCAGGAUGCCUUUGAGAUGGCGGAGAACUCUGGCCCCCUGGAUGAGAUCGAGUUCUGGAAGAACAGAUGUACAGACCUGACGGGUAUUAGUACACAGUUGGACAAGCAGGGAGUGAAGAAAAUCACAGAAGUUCUCCAGAUGGCCAAGUCAUCUUAUGUCGCACCAUUCCUCAAACUCUCCUCAGAAAUCAAGGAGGGGUCCCGACAGGCGGAGAGUAACCUUAAGUUCCUGAUGUUACUAAAGGACCCAUGUUUUGAGUUAUCUGAAGCCAAACCUAAAGAUAUUCCUGCCAUGCUACCCAAGAUCCUUGGUACGAUUAGAAUGAUCUGGGUCAACUCGGAGUUCUAUAAAACCAGAGAGAGGCUCACAGGAAUACUCAAAAAGAUGAGCAAUGAGAUUAUUCGGCGAUGUUGUAUGGAGAUCAAUCUGGACAAAAUCUUCGAUGGCCAUGUACAGACGGGCAUGAAGUCACUCAACGAGUGCAUCGAGUGUUGUGAGAAUUGGAAAGACAUCUACAACAAGAUGUCCAAACUCCACCACAAGUUUUCUCCUGUAGGAUGGGUGUUGGAUAAGAGCAGUAUUUUUGCACAGAUUGAAGCAUUUGUACAGAGGUGUAAGGAUUUGAUUGGAGUGUGUAAGGCUCAGAUCCACUUUGCUCGUCGUGAGGAAGGAGAGAAAACGGACAUGCCACAUUUUGCUGGACAGAAGGGACCUGAGAUAGCCAGAAGUUUAAAGGAAAUCGAGGCUACAUUUGAGAAAAAUCUCAAUCAACUUCGCUUAGUGAAAAGCACCAUUUUAGACGUCAAAGCCACAUCUUGGCAUGACGACUAUGUCAAGUUCCGAGCUGGUAUAAAGGAUCUCGAGGUGAUGAUGCAGAAUGUCAUCACAUCUGCGUUCGAUACGGUGAACACUGUCGAAGGGGGCGUGGAACUCCUUGACAUUUUCAUGCACCUGGCUUCCAGAGAGGCUAUCAAGCGCACCAUUGACAAGAAGACGGUUGACGUGUAUACCAUGUUUAACGAGGAGCUGAAUGCCGUCAAGAAGGAGCUCACACAGAAAUCACUCAAAAAGUCACCGAGUCAUCCCAAAUUCUCCGGCCAGGGACUCUGGGCCCGGCAACUCAAACGUAGGAUCGAGAGGGGCAUGAUGAUCCUGGAUCGUGCCCACUUCCUGCCCCAUAUUGGGUCUGGAGAGGAGGUUCGAACCCAGUAUCAGCAGCUCUGUCUCGCCCUCGACGAGUACAUCCGCAAAACCUUCCAUGAGUGGACGCAGACAGUUGACAAGAUAAGUGAGCCCAUGAAGUUACUAGAGGUGCCUCUGAUGUGUAGAAGUAGCGAGAAACCGCCGAUGUUGGACAUCAAUUUCAACAGGAGCCUCCUGAAGAUGUUCCAGGAAAUACACUACUGGGAGCGUCUCAUGUUUGAGAUUCCACACUACGCUACAGAUGUUUACAACAAACGCGAGGAUCUCCGCGCCCUCCGCGAACAUGUUCUGUUGGUUGUUCGUGACUACAACAGAAUUAUUGCUGCACUAUCAGUGGAAGAAAGAGGACUAUUUAAGGAAAGAAUUCGUUUCCUAGACAAAAAGAUUCAUCCAGGUUUGACGAAAUUGACCUGGGCAUCAAAGGGUAUUUCUGAUUUCUUUGUAACUGACUGUCGUAUCAAUGCUAGCAAGAUACAAGUGACUGUGGAUGACUAUAAAAAUGCCAACAUGGAGAUUUCUAAACAGUGUGUUCAAAUCAGUGACAUGUUACUGAUCAGCAUAGACAGUCGCAAAGUCUACGAAAAUCUGGAAUUCGACGAGGAACAGGCAAAUCACAGAGAAAAUGUUUCCAAGAAACUCAAAAAUCUGCAUGAUGAGCUGGUCAGGAUGAUGAGAAAUACGUAUGAAGUCUUCAAAAAUGACGGCAUGGAGGUACAACAACACUGGCACAGAUACACAGAGAAGAUGGACCGAAUGGUUGAGGAAGCGUUCCGACUCAACAUUAAAUGGUCUCUCCAGGAACUGUCCAAGGCGGUCAAUGGAGACGGCAAGUCCGCCCCUAAUCCUCUAUUUAGGGUCAAAGUUUGUCUCCAAGGUGACAAGGUGGAGUUCCAGCCCACACUUAAACAACUGGCCAAUGUCAUUGGCAGUAUUGGGGGUCAGCUGACCAAGGCUGUGUCCACUAUUGUCCGACUUCCCAACAUCCUCACCAAGAAACGUUCCACCAAGGAUCCAAUCCAUGAGGUUAUAUCACGGGACGAGGAGACAAAGAAGAUCCAGACCGUUAUUAACACAGGAAUGCAGACUAACGCCACCAAUCUACAGAACUACCUGAGUACGUGGGAUAACUACCGCGAGAUCUGGGAGAUAAACAAAGACAUGUUUAUCAAACGUUACCAGAAACUCAACCCACAGGUCUCCUCCUUUGAUGCCGACAUAGCCAGAUAUGAUGAGGUCGCCAACAAUGUUCAGACCCAGGAAACCAUCCUCAAUAUCCAGUUUGUUCUCCUCGACUGCUCACCUCUCAAGUACGCCAUCCUUGGGCACUGUCAAGAAUGGCAGAACAAAUUCACUACCCUGCUCCGUGAGAUAGCCACCAGUCGCCUCAAUGAGCUCCACAACUUCCUCAAGGAUAACGGCGCCAAUGUUAGCAAACCUCCUCAGACCUUGGAUGAGCUUGGUAACAGCCUUAAUCUGUGGGAACUACUACACACGGGACUCGCAGACACAGAGGCCAAGUUCCCACCGCUACAUGAUCAGUUCAGCAUCCUGGAGAAGUAUGAAGUCCCAAUAUCUGAGGAGGUGACGGCUAUGCUGAAUGAAUUGAGCAAUGAAUGGGUGACAUUCCAACAGACCCUUAUCGAUGCAGAGACCAUGCUGAAGAAACACAAGGAGAAAUUCAAGAGUGGAUUGCUUGCACAGUCAGAAGAAUUUAAGAAGCAGAUUCACAACUUAAUGGACGAAUUUGCUACCAAGGGUCCAUUUGCUGCAAGCAUCGUAACAGGUGACGCUUUGGAGAGUGUAGCUGCUAUCAAAGAACAAUUGAAUGCUCUGAAGCGACAAGAGCAGGAGAUCAGGAAGGGACUCAAUAUUUUCAAGAUUGACCAGCCACCAUCCAAGGAGGUUGCAAAUCUUGAUAAGGACUUGGAGUUGAUCGAGACGAUCUGGAACCUCAACAAGGAGUGGGAGGGACUCUGGUCCGACUGGAAAGGCAACAAGUUUACUGAGCUACAAACCACGGACAUGGAAAAUAACUCGCAGGCUAUCUACAAAAAGUUAAACCGCUUCAGCAAGGAGCUCAAGGACAAGAACUGGGAAGUGGUGGAUACAAGCAGAAAUAAAGUUGACCAAUUCAAAAGGACCAUGCCUCUCAUCAACGACCUUAAAAACAAAGCCAUGAGACCUCGACAUUGGACACAAAUCCAGAAAGACAUGGCCAAGGAGUUUGACCACAACAGCGAGGACUUCACUCUAGAGAAGAUCAUAGAGUAUGGGUUUGAUCAGUUUGCUGAGCAGAUCGGUGACAUCUCGGGUGCUGCUACCAAAGAAUUGGCAAUUGAACAGGGCCUGGCUGGUAUAGAGAGUACCUGGAAUGUCACAGAGCUGGACAUCGGACCUUACAAGGACAGAGGCCAUUUCAAACUCAAGUCGACAGAUGAUGUGUUCCUGGCUCUUGAGGAUAAUCAGGUUCAACUUUCUACCAUGAAGGCGUCUCGCUUUGUUAAGGCAUUUGAACAGGAGGUAGACCGCUGGGAGAGGGUUCUCUCACAUAUCCUGGAGGUGGUGGAAAUGUUGUUACAAGUACAGCGCCAAUGGAUGUACCUGGAGAAUAUUUUCCUGGGUGAAGAUAUCAGAAAACAGUUACCAAGAGAGUCUGCUGAGUUUGAUGAUGUUAACGGAAAAUGGAAGGUGAUAAUGUCACGUCUGAACAAAGACAGGAACGCCCUCCGGGGAACUCAUCAUGAAGGCCUGCUGGAGAGUUUGAACGAUAUGAACCUCAAAUUGGAGGAGAUUCAGAAAUCUUUAGACAUGUACCUGGAGACAAAACGACAGAUCUUCCCGCGAUUCUACUUCCUGUCCAACGACGAUUUACUUGAGAUCCUUGGACAGUCAAAGAACCCCAAAGCCGUUCAGCCCCAUCUCAAAAAGUGCUUCGACAACAUCAAGUCGCUCGAGAUGAUCAAGCCAAGUUUGAAAUGGGAGGCAUCUGGAAUGUGGUCUACAGAGGGAGAGUUUGUGGAAUACGAGAAACAUGUCUACCUUGAGGGACUUGUUGAGGCUUGGCUGUGUGAUGUGGAAAAAACCAUGAGAUGGACGCUGAAGGAUGAGCUGAAGAAGUGUCGCGUGUCUUUGAAGAAACACAUGACGAAACGAGACAAGUGGAUCAAAGAACACCCUGGGCAGCUGUGUAUCACUGCCAGUCAGAUGCAAUGGACAACAGAUGUAGAGCGAGCUCUCAAACUGACACGGGACAGAGGAGACAAGAAAGCCUUGAAAACCAUGAAACGCAAACAGGUCGCCAUGUUGAACAAAUUCUCAGAAGCCAUACGUGGAAACCUUUCAAAAAUGCAGCGAUUAAAAGUGGUUGCCUUGGUAACCAUUGAAGUGCAUGCUCGGGACAUCAUUGAGAAGUUGAUCAAGACCAACACAUCAGAUGAGAAUGCAUUCGAGUGGCUUAGCCAGCUCCGACUUUACUGGGAAAAGUCACCAAUCGACGACUGUGUUGUGAAACAGACAAACACCCAGUUCCCAUACGGAUACGAGUACCUCGGUAACUCUGGUCGUCUGGUCAUCACCCCGCUGACCGACAGGUGCUACAUUACACUAACCACUGCCCUCCACCUCCACAGAGGAGGCAGCCCCAAGGGACCAGCUGGAACGGGUAAAACAGAGAGUAAGGACUUGGGCAAAUGUCUGGGGAUGUACGUCAUUGUAGUGAACUGCUCCGAAGGCCUUGACUACAAGUCCAUGGGUCGCAUGUUCUCAGGUCUUGCUCAGACUGGUGCGUGGGGAUGCUUUGAUGAGUUUAACCGUAUCAACAUUGAGGUGUUGUCCGUGGUCGCCCAACAGAUUCUUUCCAUCCUUAGUGCCCUGGCAGCAGGCUCUUCCCGAUUUGUGUUUGAAGGUCGUGAAAUUGACUUGGUGUGGUCAUGUGGUAUUUUCAUCACUAUGAACCCAGGUUAUGCUGGUCGUACAGAACUGCCCGAUAACCUCAAGUCAAUGUUCCGACCCAUCGCCAUGGUUGUACCGGACUCCAACCUGAUCGCAGAAAUCACACUAUUUGGUGAAGGCUUCGGAAACACCAAGGCAUUGGCCAAGAAGGUGUACACUCUAUACUCCCUGGCCGAGCAGCAGCUUUCCAAACAAGACCACUACGACUUUGGUCUUCGUGCCCUUGUGUCGGUCCUCAGGUAUGCUGGCCGCAAAAAGCGCAGCAACCCCAAUAUGCCUGAUGAAGAGCUGCUGUUGCUGUCGAUGAAGGACAUGAAUAUUGCGAAGAUGACAGCGGUGGAUCUACCACUGUUCAAUGGAAUUAUGUCUGACUUGUUCCCAGGCAUAGAAACGCCCACGAUUGACUACAGCACGAUGAAGAAUGCAAUCAGUGCUGAGCUGAAAGAUAAUCAGCUUCAGUGUAACAGCCACACCAUCACCAAGAUUCUUCAGCUGUAUGAGACGAAGACAUCCCGUCACUCGGUCAUGAUCGUAGGAUCCACCCAGGCGGGAAAGACAGUUGCCUGGCGCAUUUUACAAGGGACCUUAUCUCGUCUCAACAAGGAGAAAGACAGUGGUUUUCAGAUUGUGAAGGAGUACCCCAUCAACCCCAAGUCCUUGUCCCUAGGAGAACUGUAUGGAGAGUUUGACCUCAACACGAAUGAAUGGACAGAUGGUGUAUUGUCUUGUGUCAUGAGACAAACCUGUGCUGACGAGCGUCCAGAUGAGAAAUGGCUCGUGUUUGAUGGCCCUGUUGAUACACUUUGGAUUGAGAGUAUGAAUUCUGUGAUGGACGACAACAAGAUUCUGACACUGAUCAACGGAGAGCGUAUUUCCAUGCCGGAGCAGGUGUCGCUUCUGUUUGAAGUGGAGGACUUGGCAGUUGCCUCCCCUGCUACAGUGUCGCGCUGUGGAAUGGUUUAUGCGGACUACAAUGACAACGGGUGGGAGCCGUUUGUGGAGUCCUGGUUAGAGAAGAAGAAGGAAAAAAAGCAAUUGGUGGAAGAAUUACGACGUCUGUUUGACAAGUACUUAGUGAAGAUUCUGGAGUUUAAACGUCAGAACUGUCAUGAUUUGAUCCCCAUCGCUCAGCUCAAUGGUGUCACCUCACUUUGCAAACUCUUUGACUCCUUAGGAACACCGGACAAUGGAGUCGACCCUCAUGAUGCAGAAAACUUUGUGAGGAUGGUGGAGCUGUGGUUCCAGUUCUGUAUGAUCUGGUCCAUCUGUGCCUCUGUCGACGAGGAUGGACGGAAAAAGAUUGACAAUUACAUUCGUGAAAUGGAGGGGACCUUCCCCAACAAAGACACUAUUUAUGAAUACUGUGUUGACCCCAAGGGCAAAGCCUGGGUUCACUGGGAGGAAAGGCUUCGAGGUGGAUUUAAGUACGCCCCAGGGACUCCCUUCUAUAAGCUGAUCGUGCCCACAGUGGACACCGUCAGAUAUCAGUACAUAGUGUCCACGCUGAUCCGAUCCUUCAACCCUGUCAUGUUGGUGGGACCUGUCGGAACUGGCAAGACCUCAGUGGUAGAGAACACGCUCGGCAAAGUGGAUGCCAAGACCUACAGUCUUCUGACGGUCAACAUGUCAGCCCAGACAAGCUCAAACCAGGUACAGGACAUUAUAGAGAGUCGAGUGGAGAAACGUACCAAGGGAGUUUACGUACCUAUCGGGGGUAAGAAACUGCUCACCUUCAUGGAUGACUUCAACAUGCCAGCUAAGGAUACAUUUGGAUCCCAGCCUCCUCUGGAGUUGAUGAAGCUGUGGAUUGACUACGGGUUCUGGUACGACCGCAUCAAGCAGACCAUCAAAUCCAUCAAGGACAUGUUUCUUCUGGCGGCCAUGGGUCCACCUGGUGGUGGUAGGAUGGUGAUCUCGCGAAGACUUCAAAGUAGAUUCAACCUCAUCAACAUGACCUUCCCACAGGAAUCUCAAAUCAAAAGAAUAUUUGGGUCGAUGAUCAACCAGAAGCUACAGGACUUUGAAGAAGAGGUGAAGCCGAUUGGAGAUGUACUCACUCAAGCUACCAUCGAGAUGUAUCAGGCUGUGGUGUCCAAGUUCCUUCCUACGCCCACCAAGAUUCAUUACCUGUUCAACCUCAGGGAUAUCUCCAAGAUUUUCCAAGGCUUGUUGAGAGCCCACAAGGACUUCCAUGAUACAAAGACAGCCAUGACAAGACUCUGGAUUCACGAGUGUUUCAGAGUGUUCUCUGAUCGUCUUGUUGAGGAAAAGGACCAUGAAACAUUCAUCAACAUCCUCACCGAGAAACUGGGAACAAUGUUUGAUCAGACAUACCAUAACAUCUGUCCAAACAAACAACCCCCUAUAUUUGGUGACUACAUGAACCCAGACUGUGUUUAUGAGGACAUACAUGACAUUGGUAACCUGAAGAAGCACAUGAUGGAUUUAUUGGAGGAGUACAACAGUACGCCGGGGGUCGUCAACAUGGACCUUGUCCUAUUCAGGGAUGCUAUAGAGCACGUGUCCAAGGUAGUCCGUGUGAUACGUCAACCUCGCGGGAAUAUGUUACUUGUGGGCGUCGGUGGAAGCGGGCGGCAAAGCUUGACCAGACUCGCAUCGAGCAUCUGUGAAUUCACGAUUUUCCAGAUAGAAAUCACCAAACUAUACCGCAAACAGGAGUUCAGGGAUGACUUGAAACGACUCUACUGGCAGGCCGGAGUUGACAAUAAACCGACUGUGUUUAUAUUCAACGAUACCCAAGUGGUUGAGGAGGGAUUCCUGGAGGAUAUAAAUAACAUCCUCAGUAGUGGGGAGGUGCCCAAUCUCUACAAACCAGACGAGUUUGAGGAGGUGCGAACGGCUCUGAGUGACAUUGUCAAAAAAGAAGGAAUCGAUGAUAGCCCUCAGAGUGUGUUUGCAUUCCUCAUUACCCGAGUGAGAUCCAACCUGCACGUGGUCCUGUGUAUGAGUCCAGUAGGAGAGCCCUUCAGGAACCGUAUGCGUAUGUACCCAGCGUUUGUCAACUGUACAACAAUUGACUGGUUCAGCGAGUGGCCCCAGGAUGCCUUAUUGGAAGUGGCAGAUAAAUACCUGGCCGAGAUCAACCUGGGCGGCGAGGAUGAGAAAAGCAAGAAAAAGGCGGAGAAGUUGAAACCAAUGCUGGCAAAGAUGUUUUCUAUCAUGCACAAGUCAGUGGUGUCAUUCUCCACGAGGCUUUUACUGGAAAUGAGACGUCACAACUACGUCACUCCGACAAACUACCUGGAGCUCGUCAGUGGAUACAAAAAAUUGUUGUUCAAUAAGAACAAAGAACUGGGUGAUGCCUGUAACAAGUUGAAGAAUGGUCUGAGUAAGAUUGACGAAACUCGUGAGAAGGUGGAAAAGAUGUCCAUUGAACUUGAGGACGCAAAGAUCAAGGUUGCUCAGUUCCAGAAGCAAUGUGACGACUACCUUGUCACUCUGGUCCAACAGAAGAGGGAGGCUGACGAGCAACAGAAAUCUGUGGCACAAAAGUCUGAGAGGAUCACCGAGGAGGAAAGCAAAUGUCAGCACAUGGCCGAUCUUGCUCAACACGACCUUGACGAGGCUUUGCCAGCCCUGGAGGAAUCUAUCAAGGCUCUGGAGUCUCUCAACAAGAAGGACAUCGGAGAGAUCAAGUCAUAUGGCCGACCCCCAACUCUUGUAGAAAAGGUCAUGGAGGCUGUCAUGAUUUUGAGAGGUCAGGAGCCGACAUGGUCCGAGUCCAAAAGGCAGCUUGGUGACAACAACUUCAUUAAACAGCUGAUGAACUUUGACAAGGACAACAUCUCUGACCGUGUCCUGAAGAAGAUCGGCGGUUACGUGGCUCAGUCAGACUUCCAACCUGAGAUCAUUGGACGUGUGUCUGGUGCAGCCAAGUCCCUGUGUAUGUGGGUGAGGGCUAUGGAGGUUUAUGGCCGUGUGUUCAGGGUUGUGGAACCCAAGAAACAGAGACUGAAUGCAGCUAUGAACCAACUUAAGGAGAAGCAAGAUGCUUUAGCUGAUGCCAAAGCUAAGCUGGCAGAAGUUGAGGCUAAGAUGGCCGAGUUGAAGCAGCAGUAUGAUGAGAAGCUCGCCCAAAAGGAAGAGUUAAAGAGGAAGGCCGAGUAUACGGAGAUGAUGUUGGACCGUGCGGCCAAACUAGUCUCCGGACUAGCUGGUGAGAGAAUCCGAUGGGAGGAGACUGUCAAGGACCUGGAGGAGAGGAUGGGGUACCUGGUAGGAGAUUGUCUAAUGGCCGCCGCCUUCAUGUCCUACAUGGGACCCUUCCUGUCCAACUACAGGGACGAAAUGGUCCAGAAGAUUUGGCUUGUUGAGAUCAGGAAGUUAGCCAUACCGUGUGCUCCCGACUUCAGCUUCUGCAACUUCAUGGCUAAGCCUACAGAUGUUCGGGACUGGAACAUCAAGGGUCUACCAAACGACAGCUUCUCUUCUGAGAAUGGUGUCAUUGUCACGUCUGCCAGCCGUUGGCCACUCAUGGUGGACCCCCAGGGUCAGGCUAUCAAAUGGAUCAAAAACAUGGAGGCUGAGCAUGGUCUGAAGGUGAUCGAUCUACAACAGUCAGACUACAUGAGGACCUUGGAGGCCUCCAUACAGUUUGGUCUGCCUGUGUUACUACAGAAUGUCCAGGAAUCCCUUGACCCCUCGCUUGACCCCAUCCUCAACAAAUCACUCAUGAGAGUUGGUGGAGCGUAUCUCAUCAAGUUAGGAGACAAAGAGAUUGAAUAUAAUCCUGACUUCCGAUUCUACAUCACCACCAAGCUUAGUAACCCGCACUAUACUCCGGAAAUCUCCACCAAAACCACGAUCACCAACUUCGCAGUCAAGGAACAAGGUCUUGAGGCCCAGCUGUUGGGUAUUGUUGUCCGAAAAGAAAGGCCUGAUCUUGAGGAACAGAAAGACAGUCUUGUGAGAAGUAUCGCUGCAGGAAAGAAGAAAAUAGUGGAGCUAGAGGAUGAAAUUCUCCGACUUUUGAACGAGACCAAGGGUUCUCUGUUAGACGACGAACAGUUAGUGAACACUCUACAAACCUCUAAGAUCACAUCUCAGGAGGUAUCCGAACAGCUCCAGAUCUCCGAGCAGACAGAAGUGAAGAUCGAUGCUGCACGUGAGGGAUACCGUCCGUCCGCUGAGCGAGCCUCCAUCUUGUUUUUCGUACUAAAUGACAUGGGCCGAAUUGAUCCUAUGUACCAGUUCUCAUUGGAUGCUUACAUAGAGCUGUUUAUCAUCUCUAUAGACAAGAGUCCGCGUAGCAGUAAACUGGAGGAAAGAAUCACGAAUCUCAAUGAAUACCACACUUACGCUGUAUACAGGUACACCUGCCGAGGACUGUUUGAGCGUCACAAGUUAUUGUUCUCUUUCCAAAUGUGUGCUAAGAUUCUUGAGUCCGCCAACAAGGUCAACAUGGAUGAGUACAACUUUUUCCUCAGAGGCGGUGUGGUGCUUGACCGCGAGAACCAGAUGGACAAUCCAUGUUCUGGAUGGCUGUCUGAUGUGGCCUGGGAUAACAUCACAGAACUUGACAAGCAGACAAACUUCCAUGGUGUUAUCACCUCCUUCGAACAAUACCCGCGUGACUGGAAUAUUUGGUACACAUCUGCUGAGCCAGAGACCGCCACCCUACCAGGUGAGUGGGAUAACGCAUGUAACGAGCUCCAGAGGAUGCUGAUCGUACGCUCUCUCCGGUCCGACCGUGUCUCCUUCUGUGCCACAUCCUUCAUCAUCAAUAACCUCGGUUCAAAGUUCACCGAACCUCCAGUACUGGAUAUGCAACAAGUCGUAGAGGACUCCACGACAAGGACUCCGCUAAUCUUUGUUCUCUCGGCUGGUGUGGAUCCAACAAGCUCUUUGCUACAGCUGGCUGAAUCCAGUGGCAUGGCCCAGCGCUUCCAUGCCCUCUCUCUAGGUCAAGGUCAGGCUCCCAUAGCAACACGGAUGAUCAAAGAAGGUGUGAGAGAGGGUAACUGGGUGUUCCUGGCCAACUGUCACUUAUCCCUGAGUUGGAUGCCACAGUUAGACAAGUUGGUGGAACAGUUACAGAUAGAACAGCCUCACCCAGAGUUCCGUUUGUGGCUGAGCAGUAGUCCUCACCCAGAGUUCCCCAUCUCUAUCCUACAAACUGGCAUCAAAAUGACUACAGAGCCGCCAAAGGGUUUGAAGGCUAACAUGAAGCGUCUAUUAAACCUGGUGACGGAACAACAAUUCUCCCGCUGUACCAAACAGGACAAGUACCGGAAACUUCUAUUUGCUCUCUGCUACUUCCACUCCAUUCUUCUGGAGCGCAGGAAGUUCCUCAUGCUGGGCUGGAACAUCGCCUAUGAAUUCAAUGACGCAGACUUCGAGGUGUCAGAGAAUCUCCUCAGUAUCUACCUUGAUGGCUACGAUGACACACCAUGGGACGCUCUUAAAUAUCUCAUCGCUAACAUCAACUACGGAGGCCAUGUAACUGACGACUGUGAUCGCCGUCUGCUCAUGACCUACGUCAACGAUUAUUUCCAUGAUGGAGUCAUCACCAUGCCAUUCUACAAAAUGUCCAUAUUGCCAACCUACUAUGUGCCGAAAGACGGACCUUUGUCAUCGUACAAGGAGUAUGUCAGCAUGCUGCCAAAUGUCGACCAUCCAGAAGCCUUCGGUCAACACCCCAAUGCGGACAUCGCGUCUCAGAUCACCGAAACCCGCCUUAUGUUUGAUACAUUGUUGUCCCUGCAGCCAACCAUCACUGCAGGCGGAGGGGAGAGUCGAGAGGAUAAGGUAUUGGAUCUAGCAGCCAACAUUUACAAACAGAUCCCAGAAAACAUUGACUACGAGAACACGGCCAAGAUCCUGUCUAUCGACCCAUCGCCUCUCAAUGUUGUACUGCUACAGGAGAUACAACGUUAUAAUAUUCUGCUGAACGAGAUAAGGUCGUCCUUGACUGACCUUGAGAGGGGUAUCCAGGGUCUUGUUGUCAUGACGCUGGAGCUGGAGAACAUUUUCACCUGUAUCUUUGAUGGCAGAGUCCCUCCCAGUUGGCUCAAGGCGUACUCGUCACUGAAGCCGCUGGCUGCCUGGACGCGUGACCUGGUACAGCGUGUUGACCAAUUCCAGCACUGGGCACUCACAGCCCACGCACCUACCAUCUUCUGGAUGUCAGCAUUCACCUUCCCGACUGGCUUCCUGACAGCAGUUCUUCAGACUUCUGCAAGACAGAACAGCGUAUCUGUGGACACUCUUCAGUGGGAGUUCAGUGUACUGACAGUGGACGACACCAACAUCACAGGACCACCUAAGGAUGGUGUUUAUAUUAAGGGUCUAUACCUCCAGGGAGCAGGCUGGGACAAGAAGAACACUUGUCUUGUAGAAGCCAACCCCAUGCAGCUUGUCUGUCCCAUGCCUUCUAUACACUUCAAACCUGUGGAGAGCAAGAAAAAGGCAGCUAAAGGUCUGUAUUCCUGCCCUUGCUACUACUAUCCAAACCGUGUCGGUGUCACUGGACGGCCAUCAUAUAUCGUCUCAGUCGACCUCAAGACUGGAGAGAAGGCAGCGGAUCACUGGGUCAAGAGGGGAACGGCUCUGUUGAUGAGUUUGGACUAUUAGACUGACCACUAUUAGAGUGACCAAUGACCUAUAUUGAGGACAUUUAAUGUCCACUUCAGGCUCUUCUGGUCUGAUGAUGAUACAUUCUGUAAAAUCGUGCUGUGGACAAAUUCAUACAAGUGAAAAAAGUGCUGCUGUUGUGUUUCAUUUGCAGGAAAAACAAUGGCGUUGUCAGGAUGUGUUUCUCACUUUACACAAGUCUAACCAGGACUUUUUCCAUAAUUAUCUACACAUUCCAACUGUUAACACACUGUACCUUAUAACAGGAGCAAUACAUAUGUGUGCAUCAUCCUACAAUAUUAUUGACAUAUCAUACAAACUUUAAAAAAAAAAUUUUGUAACAAUUUGUUGUAACAUUUUGUUGUAAUCAGCAGUAAAGUAUUAUAUUUCUGAAAUGGAUUGUGUGCCAAAUGUCAAAUAUUUCAUUAUUUUUUUUUUUACUAUGAAAUCCCCCUACCCGUCUCAUUCCAUCAAAAAUAUAUUUGAAUACAUUCCUUUAUGGUUUACAUGUGUAAUGAAUAUGACAUACAAUUGAUAAAUAGUGUUGUCAUCUUAUUUAUUAAGUAUAUUAUUUAUUGUUCUUUGUAUAAGAAAAAAUAUGAAGUUUCCGUCCAAUGAAGUUCAACAUAAAUUUCCAAAUUUAUAAAAUAUUAAUAUGUAAGAAAUUACCAUUUCAUUAGGUUACAUAUAUAAUUCUGUGUUAUAUUUAUGUUAAAUGGAAUUUUUAACUUGUAAAAAUUAUUUUGAAAUCAUGGAGAGAAAAUAGAUAUAACUAUGUUAGGGAGUAAAAAACCAUCAUAUUAGAAAAUGAAAAAAUUUAAUUGGUUAAAGAUCAUAUUAAGAAAAUGAAAAAUUUUAAUUGGUUAAAGAUCAUCUUAUUAAGAAAAUGAAAAAAAUUUCAUUGGUUAAAGAUCAUCUUAUUAAGAAAAUGAAAAAAAAAACAUUAUUGGUUAUAAAGAUCAUCAUAUUAAGAAAAUGAAAAAUUUUAAUUGUUUAAAGAUUAUCAUAUUAAGAAAAUGAAAAAUUUUAAUUGGUGGUGCAACUGAAAUGAUAACAGGAUUUGUACAAAGCCUUGAAUCACUAUCUUAUAUCUAUUGUGCCGACACAUCGGUCAUGUGAUAGUCAUGUGAUAAUGUACCUGGCACAACGGUAAUGAGAUAAAAAAAAAAAAAGUAUAUACGUUUACUGGCAAAAAUCCAUACCUUUUUUACAAGCCAUUGUUUGAAUUAUUCCAAAUUUGUUGCCUCAUUUAUCAAGAGAAAAUAUUGACUAGUUCUCUUUCAAAUUUCCAUUAAUAAUCAAACUGUUUCAUACCAGUUAGGCGAGGAUCAAUACAUAUUCACUGAUAUCUCCACAUCAGUGGAAAUAACAUCACAAUCUAUUUUACAUAUUCUGUGAUAUUGUAUAGGCAAAUAAUACAAUUUUUAUAGAUAUUUCUCAUUUGUGAUUUAUUUGUUGCUGCAUUUGUUGGUUAUUUUUUUUACAAAUAAAUUAUUUAUAUUA